AUGUCGUUUCCUCAGGGUUUCCUCUUCCAGCCGUCCUCCGUGUCUCUGGCUCUGCACUCGUGCCCGUCCUUCGGGUCCGGGGUCCUCUUAGGACCGAGGACGGAGGAGCUGGGUCGGUCCUCUUCGCGAUCAGCCUUCGCUCCGUACUCUGGAUCCGGGACUUCUACGGGAUUCAGCUCCCAACUUUCGAACCUCCCGUAUGGCAGCGAGCCCCGGGCCGCUGCGACCCUCAGCUCCUUUGUGAGUCCGGGCUACGACCCGUCCUCCUUGGACUACCACCCGUUCGGGGCCCUGGGCCCCUACGCUUACGGGGACGUGUCCUACAGGAAGAACGCCACGCGGGACGCCACGGCCACGCUGAAGGCCUGGCUCAACGAGCACCGCAAGAACCCCUACCCCACCAAGGGAGAGAAGAUCAUGCUGGCCAUCAUCACCAAGAUGACGCUCACGCAGGUCUCCACCUGGUUCGCCAACGCACGCCGGAGGCUGAAGAAGGAGAACAAGAUGACCUGGACCCCCCGGACCCGGAGCGAGGACGAGGAGGAAGAGGACAACAUCGACCUGGAGAGGACCGACGAGGACGAGGAGCCCCUUAAGGCCCACGAGGAGCCCCAGACCGGGACCCAGACCGGUGAGUGGAAGGAGUCACCGGAGCUCUGA